AUGAUGAGCUACGGAUCUGACAUCUACAAUGCAUCUUCCUACCGGAAGAUUUUCGGGGACUCUCCCCGCUACUCUUCCCCGUCUAGGAUGAUGAGCCACGGCGGUAGCGGCAGCGGCUCGUCCCGCCACGGCUACCGCUCCCACUCCCUGUCCCGCACCAGCGCGUCCUCCUCCCUCACCUCCUACAAGCGCAACAUGAACAUGCGCUCCGGCGGCGGCAACUACUCUCUGAUGCCCAUCGAGAACUUCGACCUGUCCCAAAGUUCCGUGCUCAACAAUGAGUUCAAGAUCAUCCGCACCAACGAGAAGGAGCAGAUGCAGGGUCUCAACGACCGCUUCGCCACCUUCAUCGACAAAGUGCGCAACCUGGAGCAGCAGAACAAAGUCCUGGAGACCGAGCUGGUGACGCUCCGCCAGCGCACGACCGAGCCCUCCCGUCUGGCGGACCUCUACCAGCAAGAGAUCCGCGAGCUGCGCUCCCAGAUCGAGGAGUUGAACGGCGAGAAGUCUCAGAUCAUGAUCGAGCGCGACGGCAUCGAGGACGACCUGCAGAAGCUCCGCGGCAAAUACGACGACGAGGUGCGCGCCCGCGAGGAAGCCGAGCACACGCUGAAGGUGUUCAAGAAAGACGUGGACGACGCCACCAUGGUGCGCCUGGACCUGGAGAAGAAGGUCGAGUCCCUGCUGGACGAGAUCAACUUCCUGAGGAAAGUCCACGAGGAGGAGGUGGCCGAGCUGAUGAACAUGAUCCAGGCGGCGCAGGUGUCCGUGGAGAUGGAGGUGGCCAAGCCGGACCUCACCUCCGCGCUGAAGGAGAUCCGCGAGCAGUACGACUGCGUGGCCGCCAAGAAUCUGCAGUCGGCCGAGGAGUGGUACAAGUCCAAGUUCAGCGACCUGAGCGAGCAGGCCAACCGCAGCAACGAGGCCAUUCGCGCCAGCCGCGAGGAGAUCAACGAGUUCCGCCGCCAGCUGCAGUCCAAGACCAUUGAGAUCGAGAGCCUGAGGGGAACCAACGAGUCCCUGGAAAGGCAGAUCCGCGAGAUGGAGGACAGGCACAACUCUGAGUGCAUGGGCUACCAGGACUCCAUUGCUCAGCUGGAGAACGAGCUGAGGACCACAAAGAGCGAGAUGGCUCGUCACCUGAGGGAAUAUCAGGACUUGCUGAAUGUCAAGAUGGCCCUGGAUAUUGAAAUUGCUGCAUACAGGAAACUCCUGGAGGGCGAGGAGACCCGCAUCAGCACCGGCGUCAACUUCUCCAUGCCUUCCUCCAUGUCCAUGGGCGGCGGCGGCGGCAGCGGCCAGGGCUACAGCUACCAGACCCGCAUGUACACCACCACCACCAGCGGCGGCAGCGGCAGCUCUAGCUCCAACAAGAAGGACAAGAAUGACAAGGAUGACGAGCAGAACAACCAGAAUAACCAGAGCCAGAAGUCCAGUAGCAGCAGCAAGAGGGAGAUGUACGAGGAGACCAUGAUGACCACCAAGAAGAUGGAGAAGCAAGACGAUACCACCAGCCAGAAGAACUAAACGAAACACCACAACCAACAAAAAAACAAUUAGCAAUUUACAAAAAUGAUGACGACAAAACCACACCCGACACCUUCUCUUUUCUUCUUCUUCUGAAACUCGCUCCCUCCCUCCCUCCGUCCUACCACUUCCUCCUCCUUUCCUUUUUGUCCUUUAUUCCAC